UAGAUGCCCUCAGCCACAAGCAGCAAGGCUGUGCCGGGCUUCGGCGAGGUACCAACUGGUACCGGGAAUGUACAGAGUGAGGCCAUGAAACAGAUCCUAGGGGUCAUUGAUAAGAAGCUGCGGAACCUUGAAAAGAAAAAGGGCAAGUUGGACGACUACCAGGACAGAAUGAACAAAGGAGAGCGACUGAAUCAGGACCAACUGGAUGCGGUGGCGAAACAUCAGGAGGUUGUAACCAACAUGGAGUUUGCUCGAGAACUGCAGAAAAGUUUCAUGGCCUUGGGCCAGGAUAUCCAAAAGACCAUCAGAAAGGCAGCUCGCCGAGAGCAGCUCAUGCGUGAAGAAGCCGAACAGAAACGUUUAAAAACGGUGCUAGAGCUGCAGUUCGUUUUGGAUAAGCUUGGUGACGAAGAAAUACGCAGUGACAUGAAACAAGGUUUAAACGGCAUUCCUGUGGUCUCGGAAGAAGAGCUUACGCUGUUGGAUGAGUUUUAUAAACUGGUUGACCCUGAACGGGAUCCAUCUGUAAGGUUAAGUGAUCAGAAGGAACAGGCCUCCACCCACCUCUGGGAUGUCUUGGAAGGAAAAGACAAGUCAGUUUGCGGAACCACAUACAAAACCUUGCGGGAAAUACUGGAUCGCAUCCUCCAGAGUGGGUAUUUUGACAAUACAAAGAAUCACCAGAAUGGAUUGUGUGAAGAGGAGGAACCCCUUGCAGCGCCGCCGGCAGAAGAACAAGCACCUGAGCUUGAACCCGAACCUGUGGAAGAAUAUGCUGAGCCCAGUGAAGUGGAGUCCACCGAGUUUGUGAACAGACAGUUUAUGGCAGAGACCCAGUUCAGCAGCGGAGAGAAGGAACAAGUGCAAGAAUGGACAGUAGAAACCGUUGAAGUCGUAAACUCACUCCAGCAACAGCAACCAACAUCCCCGGCUGUCUCCGAGCCCCUAUCACUAAAUGCCAUUUCCCAAGUCCAGCCUGAUCCCACUGUACGAAGGCAGAGGGUUCAGGACCUGAUGGCCCAGAUGCAAGGUCCAUACAAUUUCAUGCAGGACUCCAUGUUGGAAUUUGAGAGUCAACCAAUAGACCCUGCAAUCGUAUCUGCGCAACCUAUGAAUCCUGCUCAAAGCAUGGAGCUGCCUCAGAUGGUCUGCCCCCCCGUACAUCCUGAGCCCCGGCUAUCUCAGCCCAGCCAAGUUCCAGAUAGCACACAAGUUCCAAUGGUAUCUUCCACUAGUGAAGGCUUUGCCGGCUCUCCACAGUUGUACCAGCCUUCUCACCCCACAGAACAGAGGUCCCAGAAAGAAGCCAUGGAGCAAAUCCAGGCCUCUUUAUCUCUAAAUUCAGAUCCAACGCAAACUUCCUCAUCGCUUCCUGCUGCUUCCCAACCUCAGGUGUUCCAGACUGGGUCCAACAAGCCACUACAUAGCAGUGGUAUCAAUGUGAAUGCUGCUCCAUUCCAGUCCAUGCAGACCGUUUUUAAUAUGAAUGCACCUGUCCCUCCUGUGAAUGAGACGGACACGCUAAAACAGAACCAGUACCAGGCCAGUUACAAUCAAACCUUCCCAGGCCAGCCACACCAAGUGGAACAAAACGAUCUUCAACAAGAGCAGCUACAGUCGGUGGUAAACCCUUACCAUGCAGCAUCGGACCAGUCCCACCAAGCUUCCACUGGCCACCAACAGCAGACGCAACAGAACGCUGGCUUCCCCCGCAACAACCAGCCCUUCUACAACAACAGAGGGAUGACCCGAGGAGGGCAGAGGGGUGGCAGGGGCAUGAUCAAUGGCUACAGAGGACCAUCUAAUGGUUUCAGAGGAGGAUAUGAUGGCUACCGCCCUGCCUUCUCAAACACUCCAAACAGCGGUUACCCACAGGCUCAGUUUAGCGCACCACGAGACUAUACCAACAACUACCAACGGGAUGGAUAUCAGCAAAAUUUUAAGCGUGGCACCGGACAGGGAGGUCCUCGGGGCGCUCCUCGAGGUCGCGGAGGGCCCCCAAGACCUAUGCGAGGGAUGCCACAAAUGAACAGUCAACAAGUCAAUUAAGUCGUUGGAAGGAAGGCUUGCCCACCUACUGGUGUUUAAAAGCGUUAACUUGUUUUGUUUUUUUACCCCCCCCCUUGCCAGGAUAUCUGUGUAAGGGACUGUUUUAUUAUUGCCUGGUUUAAGAUGAGAUUACAGUUGUCAGCCUCUACUCUUUACCUGGAUAUGUAAAAACUUCUAUCACUCGUAAUGCUGCACGUUCUUCUGUACGUCAGUAAAGAACCCGUGGCAGCUUUCCUGGUCAUGAAGGA